AGCAGCUCAUGCUGAGAGAAAGAACGCACGAGCCUCUCUUGUAACGCGCGCGACGCAUCUCUGUCCGAACUGAGAUGCAGUAAAAGGCAUAAACAAAUCCUUUAACAGCCAUCCGGAGGCUGGGGUGCGCGCGAGCAGACUCUACUAUCUGAGAUGGAUUAAAUGUCCAAGCUUGAGAUUUGACCAUGUGGGUCUUUGUCAGUGUGUUUCUGCUCUCCUGACGCUGAGUUUGUAAAGAAGCUUCAGCAGCAGAAGCAUAUAAUGGAGACGAUGUCUAGACCAGAGUGUCAGAUCUGCUUUAAUCCAUUCAGCUCUCAACGGCGGCCCAAACUUCUUGAGUGCAGGCACAAGUGCUGCUCGGUAUGUUUGCAUCAGAUGGUGUUGAGUCACCGGGAAGUCCGCUGCCCCUGGUGCCGCCAUGUCACGCAUCUCAGUGGCCUCUCCGUGUUCCAGCUCCCAGAUGACCCGGAAGCGCUCUCAGCCAUCACCUUGGCGCACGCACCUGUCUUUAUCCGGCUGUCCAAUAACAGCUGCUACCUGCUGCCUCUGUCAGAGGAUGAACAUGCCUACAGAUACAGCUUCAAAAACCCAGACAUGAUGACUCAACCUGAAUGUCUUACAGUCGGAGAGGAGGAGGUCGAGGAGAGAGAAGCAUCGGUGAAGAGUUCACCCUGGACAGGAUUCUGCACCGUCCUCUUGGUCGCCAUCAUCCUCAUCUUCCUCCUGGCCAUUAUCCUGUACAACAUGUCUUGUGUCUCCAAACGCUUCAGCAUCAUUUCCUGUGAAUGAAAAACGAGACUGGGGCUGUGUUUCAAAUAUCGGCCGACUCACUAUUCCUGACAGGGAAGAAUCAGGAGCACUCUGUAGUGCACUGAAAAGGGAUUGAAAUUCAUGGAUCAGGUAGAGGAUUUCAUACACUACGUCAUUCCGUCAUAUAAACAUCACGUCAAAUUGCUCGCAGCCAUCAGUCAGCUGUGGAUGUGUCUCAAAUUACAGUUCAUAUGAACUAUGUAGGGAACAUAAACCCGAACCAUAUGCCAUAUUGGCUGUAUAGGGAACAAAAACUGCAUUUUAAAAACCUCACCAUUGUCCAUACACUCUGGAUGUGUCCCAAUCCACACACUCUAUUCACAAUUUCAAAAGACCAUUAUUUGUGCUCUUUGGGUACGUCCCAAAUCACACACCAUAUUCACUAUAUUUCUCACAGCUUUAUGACUGUACACUAUGUAUGAAUCCCAUACCACGUAAUCACUACAUGGGGAACAUAAACCUCAUAUUGUCCAUACACUGUGGGUCUGUCCCAAACCACAUGCCCUAUAGGGCCAUUUCUAACAGUUCACUAUUAUCUGUAGUGACACUAUGGAUGAAUUCCAAACCACGUGAUCACUACAUAGGGAACAUAAGCUCCAUUUUAAAAACCUCACAUUAUCCAUACACUGGAUCUGUCCCAAAUGACAUGCCCUCCCAAAUCACAUGCCCUGAUCACUACAUAGGGGACAUAAGAUCCAUUUUAAAUACCCCACAUUAUCCAUACACUGUGGGGGUGUCCCAAACCACACAUCUUAUUCACUGUAUAGAGAACAAACACCAUUUCAUAUUUAUUAUACAAACUACAUACUGAAUCAUGUUCAAGCACCGCAGUGGACUGCGGGUAUUUUGUACCUGCUUGGUUAUACUGGACGGUGACUGUUCUGAUGGCAUGAGUGCACUGGAAAAAUCCCAGACCUCCCAGAGUAGUGCACUGUGUAGUGAACAGGGUAUGAUUUUAGAUCUAAAGUGCAUUUGACUGUGAAUCAGGAAGAGGAGCGCGGGUUUGUAUGAGGACACUCUGGAUAUGAUAAGAGAUUCGAAGAGACUCACUGUUUCCUGCUGAAAGGCAGGAGAUUAAAGUAACACUUGGAGUAAAUUUUUAUUUUUUUUAAAUCUGCGUGGGAUUGGUGGUGUUCUUAUAAACGGUGUUGAAUUUCUCCACUUCAACGCAACACUGAUUGGAAGUUAAUCAUGUACAGUUAAUGUACAUGGUCAGCCUUGAUGCAGUGUUGAACUGGGUCAUACUGUAACGUCAUAGCCGUGUAACUGUGACAAUUUAAGUGUAACAUUUAACCCUUUCACCACUGCAGACCGCUACUCUGGCCUCAUUGUAGUAGGGAAAUCACUUCUGGAAAAAGUUACGCAGUAGUGAAAAGGCUAAGAAGGUUUUCACAAAUGUCAUGUUUGAAGCUGGACCAAAGCAACCAACCUGAGAUCAAUCACUCCGAGGUUCUGGGAAGUUUGUGAUUAUGUUCUAGCUCUACCCCUGCUCACAUGUUCAAGCAAUUUUUUAAAGUAAUUUUUAAAAAAUUUUCCUCAUAAAUCUGCGCAGUGUGAAAUCAAUUCGGUCCAAACGAAAGUUAGAAAACAAACUACAGCUCGCAAUUACACAAUAUAGAAUGAGCUAAUGAAUAAGAAAGCUAUUUUAAGUACACAUUACUACGAUAAAUUUGACAAUGAAGGAGCAAUAGAAAAGAAAUCUUUUCUACUGAAUUGACACAAAUCCUGUUUGUUGGAUUUCCUCCUUCAGCUCUGUCACGUUUUAGACUAAUAUCCAAGUAUACACUUUUCUACCUUAUUUACAUGCUGCUGUGAAAUGUGUAAUAAAUGACCUUGGUCAUUCCUCUGACUGUUAUACGGCAAGAACUGAACUUGUACUCCUGAAUUCUGAUUGGUCAAAGCUCUGAGUGUAGUCCAGAUUCACAUUGCAGGUUUAUAUUCUAAUAUGUUAUCAUUUCUAUAUCGUAACAGAACUUUUACAGGAUCUUGUACAGCUCCGUUUUUUAAACAGAUUUUAAAAAGUGUAUGAUUGUUGACAGGGUGAAGUUUUUCACAAGGAGAUGUUUAUUUAACAUUUGUGGAAGGAGUCUCCAGUGUCAGGAAUAAAGCUGUAACUUUGGUUAAAGUUGUCUGACAUCUUCAGAGACAGGUGGGUUUUCUGUAAAAUGACAAUGUGUAUUUUUGGUCUUGAUUAAAUUCAUGAGAGAGGGGGAAAAAAGAGGCUGGUGAUGGAACGAGUGUUUAUAGCUGCUCUAACGUAAGGUGAGAACAGGAACUAACUUGUUUCAGGAUCGUUCCACAACAUUAAAUGGAGCAAAAAGUGGAUAAACAAGUAGGAUGUCAUUAUUUAAAUUAAAGUUGGGGUAUAAGCGGAAUGAAACACUUCAGGAUGUGCUGUUAGAGGAAAAUAAUUUUCAAUGUGGGAACAGUAGUUCCACGUCUUCACACCAGCCCAUCACUGAUUAUUUUUCUGUAACUGGAUGGCUGUUUUAUUCCUUACAUAAAUUAUCAUUUAAGCCUCGGUCACAACCGGACGUACGAUUUUUUGGCCGUGCGAUUUUUGGCGUUUCCCAAAUCGCUGCGUUUUUUUUUUUUGUUCGUGGUGAACGUAGUUGUGGCCAUGAAGGAGUAAGAUCACCGCGCACCCAACGUACAACCCGAAAGUCGAACGUGUGUACCACGCACGAAAUCUGAGGCUGCUCGGACGUACGGCUGUCGCUUCAUUCGUACAGCCAACGCACCUUCAAACGUGCACUAAUCAUACUGACCGUGCGUUCCAUGCAGGCUUCGUAUGAAGGUUGCAAGAACUGCGCACGAUCUGUACGUUGUGCGUACCAACGGCGUUCGUUUGUCGCACUGCGGCGAUUGGAGAGGGGUAUAUAUAUUUCGGCUAGCCUGGGCCCGCCCAUCCUAAGCGUGACGCAACACGAGGGCCUGUUCCGAGCUUAGUCUGGCCAGGCAGGCUAUCUACAGCAUUUCCAAGCUCCCGAAAAAUCGGGAACCAAUCAACUUUGAGCAUCUCCAACGGCCCUGGGUAGAGGCGUGUUCAAGGCAGUGACGUAGUAGAACUGCGACCGGAAGCCAUAUAUUGUUUACAGAAUCUAUGCCGGAAGCGUUUCAUUCACAUCACGAACAUGGAGCAGCGGCAAGCCUUUAACACAGCGGUAGAUGCUGUAUUGAAAGCAUUCAACGGGAAGUUCUCAUUGAAAAUGGAGCAAAGAGCAGCCCUGGAGGUAUUUAUCUUCUUCCUGUUACUCAAGCAGUUUCCGUCGCGUCACAUACGUCAGAGGAAAGAGUGAUGUGAUUGGUUUAAGCUUCGUCACAGCCUUUUCUGGCUUCGACCAGUAGCAAACUGAGGCAUUUCAGGGAGGCGGGUCAACCACGGGCUCUGGGAAACGGUUUGGCUUAAUAGCUUGGCCAGACCAAAUGCUCGGAGAGCUUUGAAGUCGCGUUAGCCAGGCUAUAUUUCGGCAUACUUUGGUUUCUCACUGUGAAAAUGGCAAUCCCUCCGCAAAGACUUCGUCUCAAACUCCUGGCCUGCUGGCCACUGUCGUGGUCUUCAUCCUCCUCCUCACUGCUCCUUGUCUUCUCUCUCUCCUCCCUCUCUGCUGCCGUCUCUCUCUCCUCUGUCUCCGACACCUUUUCUAUCCUCCUCUUCCCUUUUGCCUUCGGCAUAUUGAAUUGAAGCGAUGCAAUGCAAUGAAAUGAAAUUAAAUGAAAUUGGGUUUUCUCUCAAUCAAAGCCUACAUGUACAAAUGGCCGUAGGCACCCCUGCAGCUUUAUAUACCCGAGUUUUCAUGCGAUUGAUGCCCUCUCGCCGUACGGCCAAUGCACGGCCGACUUACUUGACACGCAUGGAUGACGUACGAAAUAUCUGAACGUGCGUUGGCCGCACUAAUUACGUAUGUGGGGUGCGUGACACACAUACGGAGUCCGCAAGUGCGACGUAUGAAAAAAAUUGACAUUUUGCCCAAACCUGACACCAGCAAAUCGUACGAAAGACGCACGUCGGCCGUACGGAAGACACACGAGGCCGUAAGUUUGUCUUGCAACCUGAAAAAAACGUAAGCGCCCGUAGAGUUUGUUUGACAUGACAAAGAACCUCUGCGGCCAGUCUACGGCUCGAAAAUCAGCACGUCACACGCGCGCCCUCCGUGCGUUUCUUUGUGUUUUUUGCACGUAGACCGGCCGUAGGAGCACGUACGGCCGGUUGUGACCGAGGCAUUACAUGGUGUCUUGAUGUCUUAAGUAUUUAAUGAACUUCAGAAAAUCUUUCAGUGACUUCAGUGAAAAGGGUUUGGGUUGUAAAAAUAAAUUAAAAAUAAAAUAGCACCACUUGUACAGAUCCCAUCUGUUCAUUUCAGUGUUCUUGAGUAGUUUCUAUUCCUUGUGCAGGUUUUGAUUAAGAGUAUACAACAAAAGAAACUGCAGUCCUCAGGACACUCCUGGUUGUCAGUACUUUUGUAGGAAUUAUUUAAAAUGGACUCAUUUGUAAGGAGUCAUUAUGUAAAUUCACUUCACAGUGAGAGCAGAUUGAUAAUUUGUCAAAAUAGAGUGUAUUAAUCCACAUUGGGGCAAUUAUAAAUGGUGGAACAUGGCUGCCUGCCCAACUCGAAAGAUCCCUCACUGCUGUGUUAUCAGCAUGGUUUAAUUAAUCAAGGCUCCUCAUCAGGGCCGCUUUGUGGUUAGAGUAAAAGAUUUCACACACCCCAUGGCUUGUGCAUCUAUCUGUGACAGCACGGAGUGGCACAAUGCGGGAUGGUUUUUAUUAAACUGCACAACUAGAGCUAAGUACUGUUCUAGGAAAUUAAUCAGCGGUGAGGCAGAGUCACUGCUACCACCAGGAUGGCGAAUAUUUUCUUGCGCUGACACUAAACGUCUUUUUUUAUUUACCAGAGAUUAUAGAAAUGAUAACCACUCAACACUUUCUGACCCAUCAGAAUUGUCAUAUUGUCAUGGAUAGAAUAUUAAAUAAACUUUGGUCUUCUAUUUUAAGGUUGCCUUUUUAUGUUGGCCAACCUCCCAUAAUUCUGAAUAUAUGAUCAAGGUAUUACAAGACAAAGGCAUUUCCUGCUUCACAUCUGCGAUCGAGCUCUGAACUGAAGUCACGUUUCAAUCCCUAUAGGACAUCUCAGUGAGAAACUGUUCAAUUAAAUGUCUGUCUGUCACCUUGCUGCACCCCAGCACUGAUUAAAGAUGCUAUCUGUAACCUGUAGACAUCUGAUCAAAGUCAGAUUGCAUGGAAUGUUCUCCUUCAUGUCGCAAAAUAAAACACACACUCCCCUUUAACCAACAAGUAUAUCUUUCACUCCAUAUGUGACCUUCACUCCAUUUCUCUAGCUCUAUCACAACAUACAAGAAGAAGAAUCAAAAUCAUGUUGUGCAAGUAUUUCCUCCAUCGCAUAUAGACUCAAUAAAGCCUGGAUUUCAUUAUCA